AUGAGAAGGGCUGUUUUGAGAAGUGGGCCUGCUCAUUGGUGGUUAGGACCCCUGACCAAGGUCCUGGAUAUAGAUCAGAAGAAGCUCCAUCCUGUUGUGAACUUGGCUCAAAUCCUUCUUGCCUGUAAUCCUGUCAUUAGCCCCCUCUACCAAGGGGCUUGGAAAGAGUCACACUCAUCCAGGACCUCAGUUAUAGGCCUGGACCCGACUGCUAUCCCUGAAGCUGCUCUAUGUAUGACUCAGCUCCAGUGCUGUUUUACCAUGGUUCAAGGUAAUCCUGCCUGCCCCAAAGACUCAGCCAAGGAUCCAAACCCAUGGGCAUCACCUAUAACAGUCCUGCACACUUCAGAACUGAUGGAGCAGUUCUGCUCCAUCAUGGUCCAAAUGAAGACCUUCUCAGUCAGGGACCAGACCAGGACCCAGCAGGAACUCAGCAGAAGCAACAAACAUAGAUGUCCACGGCAGGUGCACAUCCACCACAAGCUGGUGCAUGUUGGCAGCCUGAUGAUUCUUACUGGAAUGACUUGGCCACUCGAACUGACGGAUCAGUCACCAUCUAGAAAGUUGUCAGUUACCAUGCCUGAGAAGUCGUCUCUGGAAUACAAUGAUGGUGAUAGCUCACCUCAAGGAAGAAAGAAUGUUUGGAGUUCUCUCCGAGGUAAUUUUGGCAGGAGGAAUCCUCGUUAUGAACGUGGUGGAUAUGAGCCUCAGCCUUCACACCUCCAGGAGGAUGAUGGAAGUGUGCUGAUGAGAGAUGCCUGGGAGGACCCCCAAAUAAGACACACUCCCUAUAGCACCCGGCAUGACAAGAGGAGAGUGAAAUGGCAAAAUGAAGGCCAUAUCCAUAUUACUGUGUGGAGAGAUAGAAAAACUCCAAGGAGAGGAGUGGGGGAGAACACACAAGACGGAAACCCAGGGAGCUGGUUCAAGAUCACCAUUCCCUAUGGGAGAAAGUAUGACAAGACAUGGCUAAUUAAUUCAAUCCAGAGCCAUUGCAGUGUCCCCUUCACUCCAGUGGAUUUUCACUACGUGAAAAACCAGGCUCGGUUCUUUGUCCAGGGUGUUGGCACUGCUGCUGCACUGAAGGGUGUCAGCUACAAGAUUUAUGAUGAGGAGAACCGAAAGAUAUCUAUCUUUGUCAAUCCCUCCUCUGUACCCUACUCUGUGAGGUAUAAGUUGGAGCCAGAAGAAAUGGAGCAGCUAAAGCUGACCAUGAGCAAACGCUAUGACAUCUCCCAGCAAGCUCUUGACCUCCAGAGUCUCCGCUUUGACCCAGACUUGGUGGGCCAUGAUAUAGAUAUAAUCCUGAACCGAAGAAACUGCAUGGCUGCCACCCUGCAGAUCAUAGAAGAAAAUUACCCCGAGCUGUUGUCCUUGAACUUGAGCCACAACAAACUGUAUGGGCUGGAUGGCCUGUCUGACAUCAUAGAGAUGGUCCCCACAGUCAAGAUCCUGAAUCUCUCCAAAAAUGAGCUGAACGUGGUGUGGGAGAUAAACAAGAUGAAAGGGCUAGAGCUUGAAGAGCUUUGGCUAGAAGGGAACCCCUUGUGUGACACCUUUCCAGACCAGCCCACCUACAUAAGUGCCAUCAAGGAUUGUUUUCCUAAGUUGUUACGCCUGAACAGCGCCGAUUUACUCCCACCCUUCAUUUAUUUCUCUGACUCUCCUUUCAGUGUCUUUUGAUUCCAGGAAAGCUAUAAAGGAUCUGAGAUUCUUAAGAAUUUAAUCCUUCAAUUCCUGCUUCAGUAUUACUUGAUCUAUGACUCAGGAGACUGAUAGGAUCUUCUCAGUGCUUACCACAAUGAGGGGUGCUUUUCCCUGACCAUUUCCUUCAACCUUGAAUAUGCAACCUUAAACAUCUUGGAAGAAUACUUCAAGGACAGCAGGGAUAUUAAGAAGGUCAAGAACCCUGGUAAAUGUGUUCAGCUGCUAAAACAUGCAAAGUAUGACAUUGUUGACUCCCUCAAUAUGUUGCCUAAAACUCAGCAUGGCCUUAACUCCUAUGUGGUAGACCUGAGCAUCCAGCGGGAAACAAUGCUCUGUUUUUAUGUCAAUGGGGUUUUUAAGGAAGUAGAAAGAAAUUCUCAAGGUUCUGUCCAUGCUUUCACCCUGACCUUCAUCUUGACUUCUGAUAGCAAUUCCAGUCUAUGCAUUGUGAAUGAUGAACUGAUUGUGGGGAAUGCCAGGACCAAAGAAACUCAGAAUGCCAUCUCCAUUCCAGUUCCCUCACCCUCUGCAAGCUGCAUGCCUAUCUUCUCCCAGAAACAGCAGGAAAUGAUGCAGGCUUUCUCUGCUUAGUCUAGGACAAACCUCCAGUGGUCUCAGAAGUGA